AUGAAGAAAAAGCUGGACGAGCUCACAGACCACUCUCUCCUAAACAGAAUGUGAGGAAGAAUCUUGAUUUUGAACCACUCUCCACUACAGCACUUAUUUUAGAGGACAGGCCAGCGAACCUCCCUGCAAAACCAGCAGAAGAAGCUCAGAAACACAGGCAACAAUACGAAGAAAUGGUGGUUCAAGCGAAAAAAAGAGAGCUUAAAGAAGCCCAGAAGAGAAAGAAACAACUGGAAGAACGCUGUAAACUGGAAGACAGCAUCGGCAGUGCUGUUUUAACUUGGAACAAUGAAAUCUUGCCCAACUGGGAAACUAUGUGUUGUUCCCGUAAAGUUCGAGAGCUAUGGUGGCAGGGCAUCCCACCGAGUGUGAGAGGCAAAGUCUGGAGCUUGGCAAUUGGCAACGAGUUAAACAUCACCCAUGAACUGUAUGAUAUUUGCCUGGCUCGUGCCAAAGAGAAAUGGCGAUCGCUUAGCACAGGAGGGGCUGAAGUAGAAUGUGAAGAUGCUGGAUUUUCUGCAGCUGACAGAGAAGCAAGCUUGGAGUUAAUAAAACUGGAUAUCUCAAGAACGUUUCCUAAUCUCUGUAUAUUCCAGCAAGGUGGUCCUUACCAUGACACGUUGCACAGUAUUUUAGGAGCCUAUACUUGUUACAGACCUGAUGUAGGCUAUGUACAGGGCAUGUCAUUCAUAGCAGCUGUAUUGAUCUUGAACUUGGAUACUGCAGAUGCCUUCAUUGCUUUUUCUAACCUUUUAAAUAAACCCUGUCAGAUGGCGUUUUUCCGUGUGGACCAUGGCCUUAUGUUGACUUACUUUGCUGCAUUUGAGGUAUUCUUUGAAGAAAAUCUGCCAAAGUUAUUUGCUCACUUCAAAAAAAAUAACUUAACUCCAGACAUCUAUCUUAUUGAUUGGAUAUUCACAUUGUACAGCAAAUCUUUGCCACUAGACUUGGCAUGUCGUGUCUGGGAUGUGUUCUGCCGUGAUGGAGAAGAGUUCUUAUUCCGUACAGCCCUGGGAAUAUUAAAACUUUUUGAAGAUAUUUUGACCAAAAUGGACUUCAUUCAUAUAGCCCAGUUUUUAACAAAGCUACCAGAGGACUUGCCUUCAGAAGAAUUCUUCACAUCUAUUGCUGCCAUUCAGAUGCAAAGUAGAAACAAAAAGUGGGCUCAGGUACUGGCUGCUCUUCAGAAAGAUAACCGGGAAAUGGAAAAAGGAAGCCCUUCACUCAAACGUUAAAACUAUGAUUGCCUCCAGUGACUCAUGGGAAAAGAGCUAAAGUGGCAAAAGUAUUGGUACUGUUUGACAUGUAUGAGCCUGCAAAUCAAAGUGUUAUUUCAGAGUUUUGUUUAGUAGUAGGAUAGCCUUAAAUAGGAGAGAGG